GAGCCAUCGGCGCCCUCCUGCGCUGGAUCUCGCCGCUGGUGAUUGUGCCGACGGUUACCCUCAUCGGCUUCUCGCUCUUCCCCGUCGCGGCCUCCAAAGCGGCCUCGCACUGGGGCAUCAGCAUGAUGACCAUCGUGCUGCUCGUGAUGUUCUCGCAGUACCUGGCCGACGUCCCGCUGCCCUUCGUCAGCUGGUCGCGCUCGAGGGGCUUCGCCAGGACCAACAUCCACUUCUUCAAGCUCUUCCCGGUGCUGCUGGCGGUGGUGGGUGCGUGGGGCACCUGCUGGGCGCUGACAUACACGGAGACGUUGCCGAAGGAGUCACACGCACGCACGGACACGAGGCUGCACAUCAUCACCGAAGCCCCGUGGUUCCGCGUUCCCUACCCCGGUCAGUGGGGGCUGCCCACCGUCAGCGUCGCCGGCGUGCUGGGCAUGAUGGCGGGGGUGCUCGCCAGCAUCGUCGAGAGCGUCGGGGACUACUUCGCCUGCGCGCGCCUGGCAGGCGCGCCCGCCCCUCCCAAGCACGCCAUCAACCGCGGCAUCUGGAUGGAGGGCCUGGGCACGGCGCUGGCCGGCCUCUGGGGCACCGGCAGCGGCACGACCUCCUACUCCCAGAACGUCGGCGCCAUCGGUGUCACAAGGGUGGGCAGCCGCCGCGUCGUGCAGUACAGUGCCCUCAUCAUGCUCCUGUGCGGGCUGGUGGGCAAGGUGGGCGCCCUCUUCAUCACCAUCCCUGAGCCUAUCAUCGGGGGUAUCUUCUGCGUCGUCUUCGCCAUGAUCACCUCCGUCGGUCUCUCUUCCCUCCAGUACGUCGAUCUUAACUCACCCAGGAACCUCUUCGUCAUCGGGUUCUCCCUCUUCUUCGGGAUGGCGCUCCCCAUGUGGAUGCAAAGGCCCGAGAACAAGUACAUCAUCAACACGUCGCUGCCUUUGUUGGACCAAGUGCUCUCUGUGUUGCUCCGGACAUCCAUGUUUGUCGGGGGUUUCCUGGGCUUCGUUCUGGACAACACGAUCCCAGGCACGGACGAAGAGCGAGGCAUGAAGAAGUGGAAGGCGCAGCUGAAGCCCCAGAAGGACGACGUCGUGACCACAGACGUGCGCUGCUACGACCUCCCCGUGGGAAUGCCCUUCUUCCGGGUGUGGGGCUGGGCAAAGUUCGUCCCCAUUCUGCCCACCUUCGUCGGGUGGAGCGCUGUCCGGCGAAGAUGCAUGCCGACGCACUCCCAAAAGUCGUAAUCUCGCCGGCCAUCCACGGGUGAAAGCUGCCUUGGGUAUUCAAGAAACCUUGGCACUAAGGCUGUCUGGAAGUUUAAUCAUUAUGUUAUUCUCACGAAAUUUUUAAUGUACCAGGUGGUUAUUCUUCUAAAAGUUGUUGAAAACAAUCUUCGCUAAUUUAACAUGGGAAAGUUAAAGGUAGCUGUGGAGUUUUGCGACUAAGAACAGAACGUGAUCUCGCUUUAGAUGAGGACAACUGCUGCCACAGACGAUUUUUCGAUACUCUUAAAAUGUCAGUCUACGUAAAAUAUCUAUCAUAUUUAUUGAAUGUCAUUUAGUGUUAACUUAGGACUGCUGGCGGUUCUUAAAGUUAAACUGUGUCAUAAGAUAACUUUUACAAGAUUCAACCAAAAAGAGGUCCGAUCGAAGUUGGAGAAUAUCUUUUGACAUAGAAGUGUCCCAAUAAUUAUUGCAGUCCAAAAAUGUUUCAUAUCUUUGCAUUUUAAUAGCAAGAUAACCAAUGUGAUAUUAGCAAAAAAUGUCUCAACAUGCCAAAGUUGGAAUAAAAUUUACAAAUGCAA